AUGACCACGCUCCCGCCGGAACUAUGGCUUCACGUGCUGGAAUCUCUCCGUCCAUCAAGGGCCGUCGCUCUAUGCCCCUCAGACCCUAGAGUUCGCGCCAUCUUAUCCUUCACCCUUGUCUCGAGGGCUACCUAUACUGUUGCGGUUCGCUGCCUUUUCCAGCACUGUUUAUACAUCGACUCCGCCGAACGGCUCCGACGGCUCCUGCUUACUCUUCAUGCCUUCUCGUCGCGUUCCGAGGAUUCAACUCUGCCGCAUGUCGACCUGGCGCCCUGCCUGACGAAUCUCUUUCUGGCUCCAUUCCCGCCGCAUACAAUCGAUGAUCUUCCUACCGCUCAAUGGACAUACGAACUAUUGUCAGUCAUGAGCGGCACGCUUAGACGCCUUGUCAUCGAUAUUCCUCUCCGUUCAUUGUACCCUGACGAGGACCAUCUAAACGUACGCCCAAAGCUCCGUGCGGCUUUCCAGCAACUAACUGCACUGGAGGAAUUCACCAGCUCUAGGGAUGAACUCUACCUCUCGGUAUUUGACCUAGGAUCUCCACCGGCAGAAGCUGAGACUUUGGUUUGGGCUGGUUGGUCUAAAUUGAAAAAGCUGGCGCUGUACAAUGUGGCUCUUGGAGAUCCCAGAAUGGCCCCUAGUCUCGAGCAACUCAGUUCGCUAGAUUGCCUGGUACUCACGCGCGCCGACGACCUCGAUCGUGAAUCGUUUCAUAGGACCAUUCUUCCAAUAGCCGCCCAACGCGACAUGAAGACUUUGAUAGUCAAUGUGGCGGCAGACCACGCAUUGAAUGGUUUUUCCCCUGGAAGAAUGAGUUCUGGGGUAUCUCACCCAGUCGAGGACACGCCAGUCACAGACCAUAAGCUCGAACUCGGCGUGGUGAUAGUAGAACCUUCAAAAAGACAUAUGAUGAAUGGCGAUAUUCUUGAUUGCCAAGAAUGGAUCAGAGAUACUGCACUGGCAGGAGAACUAUGGGAUUGGGAGUCGAACUGGUCUCUGGAACUCACAGAAUCAUGGAACAUGUUACCCGGAGAAUCAGAUGAUGAGGUAUUGUAGGGAUCUGCUGUUGUUACAACCUAUGCACUGCGUCCCCAUACAGUCAAUACCGGUAACACAGAUUGAGCUAGUCAGCAACUUCCGACCGUUAAAAGAGCAUUCGUUGGUGUAUCCGACUAGCGUUUGCGUAGCCUCUUGAUUGCCUUAACGAUUAAGGAGAUGAGCCUUUGAAACAGUCUACACUAAAGAGGGCUCGGAUGGUAAACGGUUUUUGACGGUCGGAAGCCUCACAGAUCAAACGUAGCAAUCAGUCAUGACUGUACAUUAUCGGGGCGCAUGUCAUUCGAAAGACAAGAGUUAAUGCGAUUUUGAUUGCGGCAAUUCCUCCCAUUCUCCAGACAUGGAUAAUUAUACGACCACUACUCAGCUCUGUAAGUAAUUUGAACUAUUUUUACAACCCGUUGCAUUGUGGUAUGUCCAAUCUUUUAGGCGCCGGUUAAUCUCACCACACCUUCUACCUAUUUUUACCACCCCCUAAAAUAGGCAAC